CCUGCGCCCAGCGGUCCCGGGCGGCAGCACAAGGCGGAAGCCAUGGCGGAGGCGGCGGCUGCAGCGGGCGGGACGAUCGCGGGCGCGAGCUCCGGCUCUGCCGCUGACCGGGACCAGGACCCGGACCGCGCCGGGCGGAGGCUGCGGGUUCUCUCGGGCCAUCUGCUGGGCCGGCCCCGGGAAGCUCUGAGUACCAAUGAGUGUAAAGCGCGGAGAGCCGCGUCGGCGGCCACGGCGUCGCCCACGGCCACACCCGCCGCGCAGGAGUCGGGCAUCAUCCCCAAGAAACGGCAGGAAGUUAUGAAAUGGAAUGGAUGGGGAUAUAAUGAUUCCAAGUUCAUCUUCAAUAAGAAGGGCCAAGUUGAAUUGACUGGGAAAAGGUACCCUCUUAGUGGCAUGAUUUUACCUACUUUUAGAGAGUGGAUCCAAAAUACCCUUGGUGUAAAUGUGGAGCAUAAAACUACCUCUAAAGCAUCCUUAAAUCCUAGUGAUACACCUCCGUCUAUUGUAAAUGAAGAUUUUCUUCAUGAACUUAAAGAAACUAAUAUUUCAUAUUCACAAGAAGCAGAUGAUCGAGUAUUUAGAGCUCAUGGUCAUUGUCUUCAUGAGAUAUUUUUGCUCAGGGAAGGAAUGUUUCAGCGAAUUCCUGAUAUAGUCUUAUGGCCAACAUGUCAUGAUGAUGUAGUUAAGAUUGUGAAUCUAGCAUGCAAAUAUAACCUUUGUAUCAUACCAAUUGGUGGAGGAACAAGUGUUUCAUAUGGCCUGAUGUGUCCUGCAGAUGAGAGAAGAACAAUUAUUUCUUUGGACACUUCACAAAUGAAUCGAAUUCUCUGGGUUGAUGAGAACAAUCUGACAGCUCACGUAGAGGCUGGCAUAACAGGACAAGAAUUGGAAAGACAGCUAAAAGAAAGUGGUUAUUGUACAGGUCAUGAACCAGAUUCCCUGGAAUUCAGCACUGUGGGAGGAUGGGUAUCUACUCGGGCAUCAGGCAUGAAGAAGAAUAUCUAUGGCAAUAUUGAGGACCUGGUGGUUCAUAUAAAAAUGGUAACACCUAGAGGUAUAAUAGAAAAAAGCUGUCAAGGACCUCGUAUGUCAACAGGCCCUGAUAUCCAUCACUUCAUCAUGGGAUCUGAAGGAACUCUUGGUGUAAUAACAGAAGCGACAAUAAAAAUCAGACCAGUCCCCGAAUACCAAAAGUACGGCUCUGUAGCUUUCCCUAAUUUUGAACAAGGAGUAGCCUGUUUAAGAGAAAUUGCAAAACAGAGAUGUGCUCCUGCAUCUAUUCGCCUCAUGGACAACAAACAGUUUCAGUUUGGUCAUGCUCUUAAACCUCAGGUUUCCUCUAUUUUUACAUCAUUUUUGGAUGGAUUAAAAAAGUUUUAUAUCACAAAGUUUAAAGGAUUUGAUCCAAAUCAACUAAGUAUAGCCACGUUACUAUUUGAGGGGGACCGUGAGAAGGUUCUUCAACAUGAAAAACAAGUGUAUGACAUUGCUGCAAAAUUUGGUGGGUUGGCAGCUGGAGAAGAUAAUGGACAGAGAGGUUAUUUACUGACCUAUGUCAUUGCAUAUAUUCGAGACUUGGGUUUGGAAUACUAUGUAUUAGGAGAAUCUUUUGAGACCUCUGCUCCUUGGGACAGGGUUGUAGAUCUCUGUAGAAAUGUAAAAGAAAGAAUAACAAGGGAAUGCAAAGAGAAGGGUGUUCAGUUUGCUCCUCUUGCGACAUGCAGCUUGGCAGCUGCUAGAGAAGAAAUCCUCGCAAAUGGAGGGAGCCUGUCACAUCACCAUGGAGUGGGCAAGUUACGGAAGCAGUGGCUAAAGGAAAGUAUCUCUGAUGUCGGCUUUGGGAUGCUGAAGUCUGUCAAGGAAUAUGUGGACCCCAAUAACAUCUUUGGAAACAGAAACCUUUUAUAAAUCGAUUAGUAUCGUUUAAAACAAGGUCACUUUUUUUUAAAGCCUUCAACUAUGGUUAUACCAGUAAUCAAAUAUAUCAUGGACUAUA